CAACCAGCAGGUAUAGUGCUACCACAGCAACCUUGGAGUGCACCAAUAAUCAGAACUUUGUUAUACCAACGUUGUUAUACCAAGUGGCGCAUAGCUUCCUCGUACCAAAUACAAGCUCUUUUAACAUAUAUUUUUCAUUUUUUUAGGUUGGACAAUGUGAGAAACAAGGUGUGGGUAGCGACGUUUGGAGUGUUUUCAGCGGGCCUGGCUGUGCUGUCUAGCUUUGGCUUGCUGCUGUAUGUCGGUGUACCUUUCGUAAUGACUGUGGCCACCGCCCCUUUCCUGAUUCUAGGGAUCGGUGUGGAUGACAUGUUCGUCUUGAUAUCGUACUGGCAGAAGACCAAUGUGCACGACAAGGUAGAGGACCGUCUGGCGGAAACAUACAAACACGCAGCCGUCUCCAUCACCAUCACUACGCUGACCGACGUCCUGGCCUUCUACAUCGGGGUCAUGACUCCCUUCGGCUCUGUGCAGUCUUUCUGUCUCUAUACUGGCACCGCCGUCCUGUUCUGCUACAUUUACAGCAUCACGUUCUUUGGUGCCAUCUUGGCUCUGAAUGGUAAGAGGGAGGAGAGCAAUAGGCACUGGCUAACGUGCAUGAAAAUUCGUGAAAAGACGUGUCCCCCAGAACGUUCCAGAUGGUACAGCAUCUGCUGUGUGGGUGGGGUCUAUGACAGAGAGACUAAUGCUGAGGAAGCGCUGCCAAUCAAUGACUUCAUUAAGAAAUACUAUGGGCCAUUCCUCACCAAAAAUUACACCAAAUGUUUUGUGGUCUUCCUCUAUGCUCUUUAUUUGUGUGUCAGUGUUUAUGGGUGCUCCAAUGUGCAGGAAGGAAUAGAACUUAAAAAUUUAGCAUCUGAUGAUUCAUAUGUUGUUGAAUAUUACACGCAUGAAGAUGAGUACUUCUCAGUGUAUGGUCCAAAUGUCAUGGUAGUGGUAGAAAAGACAGUUCCGUACUGGGAAGAAAGCGUGCGUUCCAACCUUAAGAAAUGCUUGAAAGAUUUUCAGAUGCUAACCUAUGUUGAUCAGGAACUCUUCACGUCCUGGCUUGAUGCAUAUGGUGCAUAUUUGGAAAAAUCCUCCUUGGAUUUAAACAACAAGACCGUAUUCAUGGAAAAAUUGCCUGCAUUUCUCAAGCUGGCUCCAGCAUUUAGGCAGGAUUUGAAUUUAACUAACGGGGAGAUACACGCCUCCCGCUUUUUCAUUCAGACUGUAAAUAUCACCAGUGCGCUUCAGGAAAAGAACAUGUUGAGUGAGUUGAGAUUGACAGCCAAAACGUGCCCAGUUCCUUUGCUGGUUUAUCACCCUGCGUUUAUCUUCUUCGACCAGUAUGCGGUCAUAGUGACAAAUACGAUUCAGAAUAUUUUGGUUGCCACUGCUGUCAUGCUGGUCAUCUCCCUCUUGCUGAUUCCCAACCCGCUCUGCUCGCUGUGGGUGACGUUUGCCAUCGCCUCGGUCAUCGUGGGCGUGGCUGGUUUCAUGGCGUUGUGGGGCGUAAACCUGGACUCUAUAUCAAUGAUAAAUCUUGUCAUCUGCAUUGGCUUCUCGGUGGACUUCUCAGCCCACAUCUCCUAUGCGUUCGUUUCAAGCAGCAAGUCCACUGUCAAUGAGAAGGCUACAGAUGCUUUGCACUCCCUGGGCUAUCCCAUAGUGCAGGGAGCUGUUUCUACGAUAUUAGGGGUGGUGGUGCUUUCUGUGGCUGAGAGCUACAUCUUUAGGACCUUCUUCAAGAUUAUGCUCCUGGUCAUUUCCUUCGGGCUGGUUCAUGGCGUCGUUUUUAUUCCUGUGUUCUUGACCUUUUUCGGGAUUUGCAGUAAAUCAGACAGGUGAUGCCUGUGGUUCCCAUAGAUACUGCUGUCUGCCACUGUGAAGCACAGAAAAAUUUCCUGGAGACGCUACAUAAUGGCUACAUAAAACAAAUUCCACUGGCCUUGGUUGUCUGGCUAAUAAGCAAUCUGUCUAUCCAUCUAUGUUCAGAAUUUGUUUGCCUCAUUUUUGGAUUGUACUGGUCCAGUUAGGCUCAUGUGAUUUUCUACCCACAUAAAUUUAAUAUAUAUUCAAAUGUAAAGAAAGUGAUCCAGGUAUUUGUGUAGAGUACAGGUCUGGAGAGGUGACAGAUGACAGCUUUUGAAUAUUAAUGAAAAAUGGAUGAUUUAAUGUCUUUGAGGACAUUCUGUUGCAAUGCUUGAGUGGACAAGUGGACAAACUAGGAAAGAGAAUGAUGUCACAGGACAUGUGGACAUCACUAGGAAUCACCUGGUUCUAUAAAGUCUAUUCAUUUCCUCUAUAAACCAUGAGCUAAAUCUGUCCGGUCAGAAAACAAACAAUGUCACUGCAUACUGUUGUGUGGAAGAUAAUUACCAAUAUUUGGCUGGUGAUGAUAACUAUUAUGUGGACCAUUAUGCAUUAAUAAACAAACAUGUUUAAACCAAA